UUCUAGAGUGUCUCUGCCUCGGAAGCCCAUCCUUCGUUGCUGGACCACACAAGACAAUUGCACUGCUCUUCACAAUGGCGCCCAAAAGGGGGCGAGCUGCUGCGGCUUCGUCUUCGUCGUCGUCGUCGAGGUCCACAGCAACAUCCAGCCGAGGUGCAUCGCGUGGUCGAAGGACGCGAGGGGCCAAGUCAAAAAGAUCCGAUCGGGCCAGCAAGCCCUCGGCGAGGUAUCAGCGGGUUCUCGAGGACGAGGCAUAUGCUGAGCAGAUCCAGAAGACGUAUUCGCCUUCGAUCAACGCAAACGUCUCCUCUCGCGCGCGGCCAUUGUCCGCCAUCAGAGAGAGAGACGGCCCCUCCUUCCAGACACCCAGCUUGGCCAGUCUCUGCUUGGAAAUUGUAGCCAAGAACUUCCUGACACACGUCCUGCCUUCGCAGCAGAUGUACGACCAGGCCAAGGGUAUCUCGAAUACUGGAGCGAACGGCAAAGGGAAGCAGAAGAAGACGUCAGCCACGCGUGGCCGUGGCUCAGGGACCGUCAGCGCUUCACAGGUCCUUGGGGCCGUGAGCAGAGGCAUCGGCAAGAAGAGGAGGCGAGGAGAUUCGGAAGAGGCCGACGGCCAAGACUUCAUACCUUCAGACGAAAGUGAUGCCGAUGACGAGGAAGUCGGCAUAGCUGCGGGCCCGUCCACCCGGCGCAGGCAUGCACAAGAGGGCCACGAUUCUGCCACCGCCGCCGACAACGUGCAAGCCACGGUCGAAGAGCUCACUGAGCUGUCAAAGGAGAAUCACCAACUGCUCAAGCUGUUGCCAGAGGGAAAUCUACUCAAGCUGCUGCGCCUCCUGAAGCGCCAUUGCUCCUCCGCGCUCACGCGCACUAUCUUGACAACGUACUUUGUCAACGGUAGAACCCAUGUGGAGCUGGAUGCCUCGAUGAGUCUGCUCGCGGAACGACCGGAGCAGAUCAACCUCAUCAUCGGAGCCGCCGGUCAGCCUGUGCCCUCGCCCACAGCUGCUCUACACGUUUCUCCGCCCUUGAUCAGGCUGAGCCUCUCGGGCCUGCCUCAGCUCAGUCCGCAAUCUCUUUCCUCCCUCUUCCGGCGCUCCCCUCUUCUACAAGAAGUGAUUCUGAAAGGCUGCGUUCGAGUGGAUGCUCUUUGCAUGAAAUCACUCGUCGAAAGCGGUAGCAUGAAAUCUCUUCGAGUGCUCAAUGCGAAUUUCACAGACAUUGGGCUUGAAGGCGUGGGCUCGAUCAUCUCCAACGCACGCUCCUUGGUGACUCUCAAGGUAGCCAAUGUACUAGGUCUCACAGAUCAAGUCGUGCCGGAUAUGAUCAGGAGAGCCGUCCUACACGCUUCGGAGCAAGAUCCGCCCUUCUCCCCUCUGGCUAAGCUGCAGACGCUCAAAGUACGCGGAACCGCGAUGAGCGUCGUCGGACUGAGCUCGUUCAUUCAACUCUGCAAGCCUACACUGAGCAAUCUAGAUGUCGGCGGUCUGCGUAUUACUCAAGGUGACCAGAUCCGUCUGCUGGCGAUGAGUCUCGGCUACGAGGUCGCAACAGAAGCCGAAGGCCAAGCACAAGCCGAGCGCGAUAGCCAAGAGGAAUCCGAAGAGAGCCACGAUUCCAAAGAUGUGUUUGGUCUCAAUAAGUUCACUGUCGCCGAUGCGGCUAUCAAAGCUCCCCUUUGCAAGCUCAAUUUGUCGCACAACUUCACAGACCUGCGACACAAAGAUUCCAACAAGGGUCCUUACGAUUUCCUCGUCCGUUGGCUCCCGCAGAUGGCGGGCACGCUGCGUACCCUCAUCCUCGACGGGAUUCCACUCCGACUUAACCCCUUUGUCCAGUUCUCGGACUUUACACUGAUCACACGCGCCUUUAACAACGCCCUCGACCAGAUUGCCAUGGAUCGCGAUGGUGACGCUUCUGGGGAUCCGCCGGGCUUGACACGUAUUAGCCUCAGUGCCACUCAUUUGACAGUGUUGAGGCCCGAGGACUUUUGGCUUCACACGGGGGGAGAAUACACGUCAUCGUUGCUGGCGGGAGCCGAUACCGUGGACCUCUCCUCCCAAGACCUUCGUUUCAUGCGCUACAUUAUGGAGAGCGGCCGCCCCGAGCAGCCCUACAAGGCAGAGCCGGACUGGCCUCGUCAGCCAGCGGAGAAGCGGAUCUGGAGAGUGGAGCAUCUAGACCUCAGCGAUACGCACAUCGGUGAUGAGGAGCUAUCCGUCUUUGCCGAGCGGUGCGCUCGACUGGAGACGCUCAACCUCAGCGGCACAUCCGUCACUGCUGAUGGGGUGCACGCACUCAUACGGCAGUGCCCCUGCCUGUCGUCCAUUGAUCUCACUGGCUGUAGGGGCGUGCCUAUCCGUCAGAGGAGGAACGUCUUCGACUUCCUAGAGGAGUGAGGUGGAGACACACACACCCUCUUUUUGUAAGUAGUAGUCGAGCAGAGGGGGAAGGAGAUGGGUGGCGUUCACACUAUGUAGACCAAAUUGUACGAAGCUAUGUCACAUGUAAUACUUAUGCAACAAGAUGGAAUGUUAUACAAUACACAAUGAGCCAAUGUACAUGGAGCGCUC